UUUUUUUUUUCUUUUUGAAGUUGUUUUGUUGUGAUUUAUGAGGUUUGAAUUUCAUGUAGCUUUUUGGGACGAUUUUGGCGUGUUGAAAUAUUUGUCAAACUGUAUUUAAGGAUUCUAUUCUAUCAUGAGUUUACUUGAAAAUCUGAUCUGUGCUAAGGUUUUAAAUUGUGGUUGCGGCGGUUUCAUCCUUGAUUUUGUGAGAAAGUGCUGAUAAAAGUGGCUGAUGUGGGGCUCAAAAACCUUGACGCCAUACUUGAGAUAUUGGGAGAAAUUGUUGAUAAAUGUGGCCGAUGUGGCGGAAACUGCAAAAAUCCUUGUUUUGCCUCCAUAAUUGCUGUUCUGGACCACUCUUUACAACCUUAACAUGUUACUUUAUGAUAUGUGUGACUUCAAUGCGGAAAUUUUGGUGAUUCAAUGUGUAAACCUUGCAUCUGGCGUUUUGUUAAUAGAUGUAUGUAUAUGCGGAAGUGCGAUAAACAUAUUGUGGUUUUCCUGAUUUAUUAGGGUGGGUUAAUCUUUUUUUUUUUUUUUUUAUCGUAAAGGGAAAGAACUUUGAACUCAAUUUUCUAGACUUGCAGAGGUCAGAGGUUUGUUUGUGUGUUUGUACAGUGAGUGUAAGGAGCGAGACCUUACCAUGCUGUGUACCUUAACAAGCUUCAUUUGGUUUUUUUGUGGUUUACAAGUUUUACUUUUGUAGAUAAGAUACUUUUUUUGGAGCGUAAGGGAAACUGUAACUGAAGGGGAUAUAAGAUGUUUUAAGAAACAGAGAAAACAGGAAAGAUUGGUUGGAAAAGAAAGAAUCAGGAAGGAGCUUACUUGAGAAGCAAAAUCUUAAAACAUUCAUAAAUAGAAUACUAAAGAAGCCUCCAAAAAUGAAGACCUUAUCCUGUUAAAAUAUUGCAUGACCAAGUGAUGCCCUUGAAGAUGCUAGCAUGACACUCCAAAUCUCCGAUCAUAUAGGUCUUAGCUUGUACUGCAGUUUCGUAACAAAGUUUUGGCUUGCAGAUUUUACCUUUGUAUCUGAGCAUUUGAGCCAGUUCAAGAUAACAAGAAUGCAUUUAUUAGUCUUCAAGAACUACUAAAAAUUGUUCUAUGGGAAACUAAAAGGUUUAUACAUAAGUGUCUUGCUGCUACUGAGCUAGCAUGGUAAAUGAUACUUACCAGGGAAUGCUAUGCUAGAGACAGAAUCACUGGAAUGGGUCUAAUAUGGAUCAAGAGUUUAUGUUUAUAGGAAAAUUCAGAUAGCAUUCACUGUUUUUAUGAUUCUAAUAAUUCCUAAAGCAUUGGUAAUCAUUCAAUCGUGAAUAGCUUUUGGGUCCAGGGUAGAGUCAGAGGAACAAUAAUAAGAACUGUCAUUUCAGGUAACCUAAGUUUGGCAUAAAAUGGUCUCUUCACGGGGUUCAUAGAGAGGCCUGUAUCAGGUCUUUUCUUUUGCAAGAUAACACAGGAGAUUGUCGGAAAAAUACAAUCACAAUGUUUUGUAGCUGUCUUAACUCCGUAGCCAUUAUCAAUUCAGGGACAAGUAUAAUAGUGUUAUCUACUUUUAUUGAAUCAGAGAUUGUGUUUUUGCAGCUUAUAUAGGACGUGGAAGGUACUGCAAAUAGUUCAAUGAACAUGAGGAUUGCACAACUAAAAGAGAAUCAAUGUCAAGUUGCUGUAGAAGAUGUUAUGUACUUGCUGAUUUUUUACAAGUUUUCUGAGAUCAGGGUCCCUUUGGUACCAAAACUUUCUAGUUGCCUUUACAAUGGCAGGCUAGAGAUAUUGCCUUCUAAGGACUGGGAACUAGAGUCUAUUCAUAGCUUGGAAGUUUUGGAUAUGAUAAGGGAACACGUAACUACUGUAACUGGCUUGAAAGCAAAAUCUAGUGUAACUGAGUGUUGGGCGACAACCAAAGUUAGACAAUUCUUACUUGCCCGGGUUUAUGUUGCCUCCAUAUUAUAUGGUUACUUUUUGAAGUCAGUUUCAUUGAGGUACCACCUAGAACGAAAUCUAUCGUUGGCUGACCAUGAUAUUCACCUUGGUCAUAGGACUUCCCUUAUGUGUUCUUACGGAUUCAAAGAGGCCAUCUUUGGCCACUUGAGUAACAUGCCAUCCUUAGGGCAAGGGUUAAUCAGGCCAGAAGAGGAAGUUGAGGACUUAAAAUGUUAUGUUAUGAGCUUUCAUCCUGGAUCAUUGCAAAGAUGUGCCAGAUUGAGAUCUAAGGAGGCUGUGAAUUUGGUGGGUAGUUAUAGUUGUGCACUCUUUAACAACAAGGAUUCGGGUUCGUUUGAGAAUGAUGAUGUUAUUUUGACUUCAUUUUCUAGCUUGAAGAGACUAGUAUUGGAAGCUGUUGCUUUUGGAUCUUUCCUGUGGGAGACAGAAGAUUACAUUGACAAUGUCUAUAAGCUUAAGGAAGACUAAAUAGUGUAAGGGCACUAGUAGCCAAAAAAAUUGAGUUGUGAAGCGAAUUCUCCUUGUAUAUAGAGUGAGUUUUGGUUUUAGAUUUUAAAUGUUGGGGUUAAGUGUUGGAGUUAUGUUUAUAUUGUAUAUAUAGUACACCUUUACUCUAUAUAAUGUAAAGCUCUAGUACUUGGACUUUCUAAGUUGAUAGAUAUUUUGAACAGUACAAAGUUGUUUGGAUCAAUA